UCCGGUGGCGGCGUCUGAUGAGGCUUUAUUAGCCGUUGCUAUGGUAACCACUUGUUUCGCCUAACUCCUGCAUAAGGUACAGGACAUUGAAACGUACUCUUCUGGUGGUUUUCUGCUGUACCAAAGAAGUGGAGAACGAUGUCGUUCCCGGACCACAGCUCCCUGCUGGGUGUGGGACCCGAUUUGAAAAACAUUGAAGUUAUGCUGAAUCACUCUGAGCUCUUCAGGGCAGAGUGUAAAGGGCUGAUCCAGGAGACUGACAAAGCAUGGCGGCGCAUGCAAAAUGAUGAUCAAAAGAGACUCGAUCAGCGGGUCAGAGAUAUCCAGUUUCUGAUAAAAGAAUUGCAGCUAAAGCUGGAGGAGGUCAUUCUGGAGACUGAUGCUCUUAUGACUUUACAGAGCAGUGUUGUGAAGGCUCUGGAGGGCACCAAAGAGCCUCUGAGAGUCACUGUUCUCUGUCUGGAGGAGAGGAUGAAACGCUUCCCGGCUGAGAGGGUGGAGGAUGAAGUGGAAAGAGAGCUGCUGAAGGAGCAGGAGGUUCUCAAAGGAGUGGCUUCCCUCCUGGAGCGUACAGUGGAGCAGAUGAGUGAACAAAUUCGACUGAACCGAUCUGCCAAGUACCAUUUAGAGAAGGAUCUGAAGGAGAAAUCUGAGGCUCAGCACAUUGACAACUCCUGUGUUGUAAUGACCACCCAUUCCAUCGGUAACCUGCAGCUGUCCACAACCAAGAGCACCAGUCUGCCGAGCUUGACAGUGACUCCAAAGCAGUGGGAGAACAUUUCAGAUAUCAACAUAGCUAAAGCAGAGCACCAGAAGACCAACUCUGAGUCCAUGAGGGCCCUGGUGCAGUCUGUCCUGGAGCAGACAGCUGCUGACAUGCAGAAGCAGUUCCAGGCAACAACAACUGCCUUCCAGACACAUAUCCAGGAAAUCAAGUCUGCCAAGAGCCAGAUGGAAGAGAAACUGCCGGAGAUUCUGUCUGAGAUAUUCAGCCAGGAGAGGCUCAGAGAGGAUCUGCAAGUGGCCAUCACAGAGAAUGAGCAUUCCCUGAAUCUGGCAAAUACCCGGCUGGCUAUGCGUCUCCAAAGGCCCGGCAAGGAGCAGUGCUACGAUCUAGCCCAGGCUCAGCUCCUCACUGAAAUCCAGCACCUCACCUCUCACAUCAAGAAACUGCGUGAGGAAACAACUCAGUCACAGGAGCAGCAGAGGGCGGUAGUGCGCUGCAAGCUGAGGAUGGAGGAGGAUGUCGAUAUGAAGGCCAGCUCUCUUUACAUUGACGAAGUCAUCUGCACUCAGCUGAGGGAGCCUGUCAGGAUACAUACAUUCUGACCAUUAUAUGCACUUCAGAUGUAUUUCAAAAUGCAGUCAUAUAACAUUUUCUUUACAAUAACUGUGAUCCUGUUUGUCUUUUAAGUAGUUGGUUGGCAUCAUUUUUCUUUUGCAACUGUUUGAAUCUCUUUUUUCCCUCACUAAAAUAUUAAAAUUGACCUCACAUAGAA